UCAGCCUUAGAACCCAAAUCUUCUCAAAGGGAGCCAAAUGAAGAGGCAAUGCCAUCAAUUUGUUUGUGCUUUGGCAUUUUUCUUGAUUGCCACUUGCACUAUGGCAUAUUCAACUGAUUCUUAUAAAUCACCAGUUCCAUCAUAUAAUCAAGUACCAAGCCAAGUACCAGUGUCAAAAGACAAUUACGAAGUGCCACAAGUGUCCAAGAACAAUUACAAGGUACCCUCAGUACCUAAACAAGAAUACAAGGCACCAUCUUUGCCAAAGGAUAACUACUACAUGAAACCAUCAAUUCUGAAAGAUAACAACAAGAAUGUGCCAUAUGUUCCAAAAGAUAAUUAUUACAAGGCACCCACAGUGCCUAAGUCCGAAUACAAGGCGCCAUCUUUGCCAAAUGACUACUACAAGAAAUCAUCGGUUCCAGAAUAUAACUACAAGAAGAUGCCAUCUCUUCCAAAAGAUAACUACUAUAAGGCAUCUUCAGUGCCUAAACAGAAAUACAAGGUGCCAUCAUUGCCAAAGAAUGACUACUACAAGAAACCAUCAGUUCCAGAAUAUAACUACAAGAAGGUGCCAUCUCUUCCAAAGAAUAACUAUUACAAGGUAGCCUCAGUGCCAAAACAGAAAUACAAUGCACUAUCUUUGCCAAAGAAUGACUACUAUAAGAAAUUAUCAGUUCCAAAAGAUAACUAUUACAAGGCACCCUCAACGUCUAAACAAGAAUACAAGAUGCCAUCUGUACCAAAGAAUGAAUACUACAAAAUGCCAUCUAUUCCAAAGAAUAACUACAAGGUGCCUUCUGUUCCAAAGGAUAACUACUAUAAGGUACCCUCAGUGCCGAAACCGGAAUACCAGGUGCCAACUGUACCAAAGAAUGAUUACUAUAAAAAUCCAUCAGCACCAAAGAAUGACUAUUAUAAAGAGCCAUCAGUUCCAAAACCUGACUAUUACAAGGUACCCUCAAUCCCUAAACCAGAAUACAAAGUGUCAUCUUUACCAAAAAAUGAGUACUACAAGAAACCUUCACCUUCUCUUCCACCGCUAUACUACUAUAAUUCACCCUCUCCCCCCUCACCAUCACCACCACCUCCUUACUCUUAUCAAUCAUCUUCAACUCCUUCUCCAUCACCACCUCCUCCAUAUUAUUAAACUUCAAACACAACAUAAUCUCAAGGGUCUUGAGUUGAAGGCAUGAUAUCAAAGAAUUUAAUUCUUAAUUUGUUGUUUCUUUCUUUUCCUUAUUCGGUUGGCAAUUGUUUUGUCAUUUAAAUUGUAUCUUGAAUGUUUCCAGAGAAUUAUUUCAGUUGAAUACAAGUUCCUUUUAUUGAUCUAGUU